CUUGGGAAUCCGCAGAAUCAGCAGCGAUGGCGUCCAAGUCGGCAUUCACCCUCAAAAAAUCGACGGUGACCUUGAGGCAGCCGGAGAAGCGCUCGCGAGUCUUCCUCGAUGACGACGACGAUGACAACAAUGACGACGGCCGCAGCAGCAACAGCACGCAUGCCAGCGCCAAGGCAAGUGCCAAUGCCAAAGCAAGUGCCAGUGCCAAGAUCCCGUCCGCACCUUUGGCAUCGCCGGCCGUUGGGCAUCCAAACAAACGACCAAAGCCCUCUGGUGGCGAUCAGGCAUCCGUGAGCGACAGCUCGGAUGUCCCGACCGAGAGCGAGCGGGCGGUGAUCGACAAGGUGGCGGCAUUCAUCGCCAAGAACGGCGAGGAGAUGGAGGCGUUCAUGCUCGAGCAGAAUCCAGACAAUCCGCUGUUCAACUUCCUCAAGCCCGAGAGCAAAUCAGCCGCCACACGAUACUAUCGAUCCAAGCUGCGGGAGCUCGGAGGCCAGGCCAGCCUCAAGCAGACCCAGCAGCGACCUGCCCAGGCCUCGUCGCCCGUGUCCUCCAGAGCGUCCGCUACAUCAUCCGAUGCCGCCACGGCCUCCCAACCACCAAGCGACUCCUCCUCUGGCGCGGCUGACAAGCGACGCAGCCGCUGGGGGACUGGGCCGUCUGGCCACUCGGAUGCUGGUCCUCACUCCAGCGUCGGUUCGUCGCCAGCUCUGCCGGCUCCGCCGCGUGCGAACCGGCCCGCCAACCCGCCGCGCCCAUCGCCAGACAUGCAAAAAGACGGACCAAAGUACUCCAAGACCUCGAAGGAGCGACUUCCGGGCAUGAUCUACGUUGGACACGGCAACUGGGCCUUUCCCGAGGACGAAAUCCUCACCAGAGAUGGCACCUUUGAGCAUAAGAAACGACUGCAGGAGAUGCAAGAGACCGAGGACGCUGCCCGGAGUCUCACAGACGCGGCCGAGCGAUCGAAUGGCCAUCAUCUGCAGGACUUUAUUCCCAAGGAAGUGCUCGAUCGGUUCCAGCGAGAGGUCCAAGCUGCUCGACAGGGCAAGAGCAAGAAGGACAUUGUGUACGAAGACUACGAGAGUGCCAAGCUGAAUGAGUCCAACUUGGGCUUCAAGAUGCUCCAGAAGCAAGGAUGGUCCGGUGCUGGUCUGGGCAAGAACGAAGAGGGCAUCACGGCGCCGAUCAACCAAACCAAGGUCGGGCCUAGCAACAGCGGCGUUGGAUCCACCGCGGAUGUGGACGUAUCCGCUGCCGAUGACGAGUUUGCGCUCUACCGCAAGCGCAUGAUGCUGGCGUACAAAUACAGCCGCUAUCGCGGAGGUCUCCGACCUGUUGAUGCGAGAAACGAACAGCUGCUUGGUGGUCUGGACGGCGGGGACGUUGACGUGGUGAUCGUACUGGAUAUCAUCAGCGGUGCUGCCAAUGGUGGUAUCUGCGACGACGAUGCCCUGCGACGACGAUACUGA